AUCAUUACCGUGGUGUCAGAGAAGGUGGUCCAGUUCUGUUUGAUGAGGUCAGCGUUGUGAUGAAUUCGCAGACUCUGAACGGAUCUCAGAGGGUGGUGACUGAUGGGGUCAUCUCUGAAGAUCAAUGUCGGGAUCUUUUGCGGCUCACCAAUGCUGCACUUGGGUCCGCAGGUGAUGGCUAUCGAGGUACGACCUCCCCACGACACACUCCUAAUGAGAAGUUUAGUGGCUAUGGGGUAACCGUGUAUAAAGCUCUAAAACUGGGGCAAGAAGGGAAAGUGCCAUUAAGAAGUGCGCACCUUUACUAUAACGUCACGGACAAAGUGAGACGAGUGGUGGAGUCUUACUUCCGCCUGGAAAACCCUCUGUACUUCUCCUAUUCUCAUCUAGUGUGCCGGACAGCCAUUGAAGAGAAACAAGCAGACAGAAUAGACCUCAGCCAUCCUGUCCAUGUUGAUAACUGUAUUUUAAAUGCUGAAGCAUUGAUGUGUACAAAGGAGCACCCAGCAUAUACCUUCCGAGAUUACAGUGCCAUAUUGUAUUUAAAUGGAGACUUUGAGGGCGGAAACUUCUAUUUCACAGAGCUGGAUGCCAAAACAAUCACAGUG